GCGGAGGAACGUUGCGCGAGAGCGUCGCGUGUGCCCUCUCGUCGGUCUGCGAGACGAGAGCGUUUUUUUUUUUCUUUUCGUCGAACCGUCGCCUCCGUCUAGGGGGCCGUGACAUAAUAUUUGUAUUUCGAUCCGUGAUAACGCGUUCGUGAGAAUGUGUCGGGGCACACCUUCCGUUCUCGCUUUCCGGAGUGCUCCGAUGCCGAGCUACGGAGGUCGUUGAAACGACAAUAUGGAGAUCUGUCGGACGAUACGUUGCGUCACAAUGCGACGGGCACGUUGUGUUAUCUGACGUAGUGGCAUCCCCUCAGGCGGACGUGGUGGAAUCUGCGAAAGAAAGCUGCUGAACAGUUGAGUCAUGCUGUAGAGAUCCUCUCGUGUCGUGUGUCCUCCGUAAUUAAUGUGAUCAUCAUGGUGUGAACGGCGGGGUGUCAUUAAGGCGAUAAAAUGCCUACCAUUCCAGUUAAUAAUGGGACAGCACUUUGCUAGUCUCAGGGAGUUCUUUAGAAUGGAUGGUGAAAGACAGCCUACGGAGGUAUGCGCCAGUGCAUUUAGCCAGCCGUUGCCGUUGGAGAUGGUGAAUCGAGAUGGCAGUGACGGCUCGCCCGAGAACGAGACUAACGGCAACGUGCCUGUCAUGAACUCUAACAUACUGCCGAACCGAGAAUGCAAGCUGGAGGGGAAUCUGGACAACGAUCGUUUGAACUUAGACUUAGACAACCAUAAUUCUAGAUUCGAAUCUUUGUAUAGUCAGCCUGUCGAGGCGCAGGACACCAAGCAAGUUGUUUGUAACAAUGGCAAUGUCGCCAGCGAGACGCCGUACAGGCAGCAAGAGGCCUGCUGCAGCAGCUCAGGCGGUAGCAACAGCAGUAGCAGUUCCGAGGACAGUCCUGUGAAUCCACCUUUAAGAAGAUCCUCCAAAACUUUGUCGUUCGGAAAGAGAAAAAACAAGCCGCGCAAUAAGGAUCAAAGCCCGGUCUGCAAUCAUGUUUUAACGUCGAAGAAGAAGCGCAGCAACUGGGUGCUGAAAUUCAACUGCGCCAAGAGCAAAAGCUCCAAAAACACGGACAUCAUUCCCGGCCAGGGGAACAGCAAUUCGGACUGCGUAUGCACCGGUUACAGGAGAACCGAGGAGCACCCUAUGGGUGCGGGCAUUGUAUUUAAUAGUCGUUCCGCGCCGCAGAGCCCCGUUCUCGGGCCCCUGCCACCCAGCCCCGUGAUCGAUUUAUCGCGAUUCAACCCCGAGGAGUUCCCUAUGGAAUUCCCUUCGUUUUUCUUGAAGGAUUGCGACGAACGGGCGCGGAUGCAGCGCGCUCGGGAGAUGGAGGAAGGCGUCGAGCCGCCGCCCGGUUACAGGCCUAAUUAUCCUCCGGGAAUCCAAGUUCAUCCUAACGGGAUUACGGUAGACAGUUUGGCGGCAUUGUUCCAAGCACAUGCCGGUAUUCAAGCUGCCGCUCUCACAGCCUUAUCCCAGAUCGAUUUUACUUUAAUUCCGAAUAUCGAGAGGCCCGCCCACACGCAGGUCGAUUACGUGCAUUGUCUCGUGCCGGACCUGAGAUCGAUCACGGCCUGCUCUUUUUACUGGGGUAAGAUGGACCGUUACGAAGCGGAGCGCCUGUUAGAGGGUAAGCAGGAAGGCACCUUCCUGCUACGCGACUCUGCGCAGGAGGAGUUUCUGUUUUCCGUAAGCUUCCGAAAAUACGGGCGCUCGUUGCACGCGCGGAUCGAGCAAUGGAAUCACAAGUUCAGCUUUGAUUCGCACGACCCAGGAGUCUACGCUUCCGAAACAGUAUGCGGUUUGAUCGAGCAUUACAAGGACCCCUCCUGCUGUAUGUUCUUCGAGCCUAUGCUCACUAUCCCGCUGCACCGGAACUUCGCGUUUCCGCUGCAGCACCUCUGCCGGGCGGUGAUAACCACGCGGACGACGUACGAUGGCAUCAACAAACUGCAAUUGCCAAAGACGCUUAGGAGCUAUCUCAAGGAGUACCAUUAUAAACAGCGAGUGCGUGUCAGGCGGCUGGACACGGAGAACGAUCUACAGACGGACAGCAGAUCCAUAUCAUAUUUACCCCUAAUAUGAGUCUUCGUAUUUCGGUAGAAUUUACGAUACGUUGCAUAAUUGAUUUCCCUUUAAUCUCCGCGCAGCAGUCUCGUAUGGUCGCGUACACCGCGCGAAGGCAUACGCCGGCGACGGGUGUAUCGUGCACAGCAUACUGUAAUUAAUAUACCGGGAAACACCAUGACUCCGAUACACAGUUACACAGACACCAGCGUCAUCGCAAUAUUAGCAAUAAAAACUAAAAGAAUGAAGCGCUUUACUUUUGUUUUAUGCGAUAACAGAGAGACCCGGCGCCGGAGAAACGGCGUAGUUAUGUAAUUAAAUAAUAAAAAUAAGAGCGAAAGAAAGAAGGAAAAGUGGGACUUGUGCGAAUAGACGCCUACGUUUUCACUCGGAGAAGGGAAGUCUAGGAAAAUCCCAUGUGUAAAUACAUCAGAAACGGACUCACGACGCAUACCACACGACGCGCGCACACGACAUAACAGACGACACACGUUGUAACACACGAAAGACCGUUUUACUGUAUUUCGUGAAUUACUUGAUUAUCAUCGCUACUGUUCUUAUUAUCGCUCUAUUACUCUAUUAUUCUCUUUUAUUUUAUUUCUUAGGUAACCAUGUUAUCUCCGUGUAACCGCGUGUUAUUUCAGUACGUACAUAUAUAUAUAUAAUUUUAUUUAAUGUUAAUUAUAAAGUUACGGGAUCAGUUUGUAUAUUGAUAGUUUUUAUAGGACGAUACCAAAACCUACGCUUGCGCGACUGCAAUUUAGCGUUUAAUUAUUAAAAUCUACGGUAUCACCGUCGAAUUUUUAACCUUUAUACGUAACCGGGUGGGUUACAGUCAUUGCAAGAUCUGGUUCAUAUUACUCCUAUUGUGCCUAUUUAUAAUGUUAAAUAUUAUUAGAUAAAAGCUGUCUGUGUUGAUGUUCGUCAUUACCAGAUGCAAAAGUGUAUAAUUUGUGUAAAUCAUUUAAAAAAUCUCGAAGAAAGGAAAAACGUGAGAAGAUAUCAAAUGCAAUGAACUGAAUUUGGAUUAACGAUACAAAUCAAUCAUUGAAUUGAUAAAUUUGCAAAGUAUAUAAUAUUAUAGUAUGAAAUUGUUAAAAAAAAAAUAUUGGUUAAUGGUUACUCACAUAAUGAACUUCGUAUUAAAAAA